AAAGUGAAAGAGCUUUGGUGUCUUCCAGCAUUCGUUGUGGCAGACGGUAUAGAACAUGGAGCUAAACUGGCAGUAGACUUUGACAACAUAUUCGGCAAAACCUACACAUAUAAAAAAGACGGUGACGCCAAAGAAGCCACUGACAACAAGGAACUAAAACGCAAUACCGUUGUCUAUCCUUCCAUAGCUGUCCAGUGGCUUAAUUUCAUAACCUACUUGAUACUUCUUUUAGUCUAUGUACCUGGAGACAGAGGUCAUCUAACAGCCUUCUACUUUGUGAUUGCAGUUUCUGGAUUCGUGUUUGGUCUCAGUAAUGUGUUGACGUUUGCUAUUGAUGAUAAUUAUUUACCCAUCUACAUAGCUGGAGAAAACUCAUUUCCAGUCCUCACUUCUCUGAUCCACUACCUGUCAUCCCUAAUGUUUGGUAACAGAAGGAAGUGGAACAGUGACUUCCUGAUGGUCUACAUAGACCUUGUGGUAGCCAUUUUACUGUCACUCCUAUCAGCUGUACUGUGGACCUUAGGAUAUGUUUCAAAGCAUCCAACAGAAGAUGACGCUCUCAAAUCUAAGGCCACUGAGGUAGUAAAAGCUAUCAUACAGGGUCUCAAUGGUAAGGUUGACAGACUCGCCACAGCUGUGGUAACUGCAGUUGAACAGGCUCUCAAAUCAGCUCAAGCUCAACAAGAUCCUGUCAAUCUUGAUCUCACCGAAACCAUCCAAGCUGUCCUCAAUGCUGCUAAUGGUCUCUCCACUAAAGCCGAUGCCGUCAAAACCCAACUCGAAGAACAUCUUGAAAUCACUAAUAUCCAAUCUGGUGUUCCUAAAUCUCAAGUCACUGAAGCCCUCGAAACCCUCACUGAUCCUGCUAAAAGACAAGCUGCCGUCGCCGAAGUCAAAGGAGCCCUCGGUGCCAGUCACAAUGAUGAAGCCAAAAUUGAGGACAAAGAUCUCACCGAUCCUGCCACAGAAGCUCUCAAAUCUGUCAAACUCGACGGUCAGGCAGGUGCAGUCAAAACUAAUCUCAAAUCUGGUGGUAGUGGUAAAACCCAAAUAAAUAUCGGCGAUUCAAUCACUCAAGCCCUCACAAAACUUGAACAAAAUAAACCUGGUACUACUGGUGAAAAAGAACCCAAACCUGAGGCCGUCCAAGAUGUCCAAUCCGCUCUCUCAGCUGGUGAUUCUGGUGCCAAAACCCAAUUCACAAGUCUAUGGCACAUUAAGGGCACUGAUGGCUACAGUAGUCUAGAUA